CUACCUCUAAUGCUAAAGUGAUCACAAGCAGCCCGGCUAACUUUCAUAGAUAAUAUCUUUUUCUAUUUUCCUUUUUUCCUUUUUUCCUUUUAACUUAGUAAUACCAUACCCCCACCCCCGUGGGUCACCGGUCUUCCAAAUCUAAUUAUGGCGGAUACUAUGAAUGAAACUAGUCCUACUAUUCGCUGGUCGCCGCAUUCACGGCCGGAUAAUCAGCGCUUUCUAAAGAUCGUCGGUCGGAAUAGUAGGGAUCAUGAAUUAAGUCUAUUUACUGUUUCUCAUCAGAAUAGUGCCAACGCUAGGGACGUCAAGAUUAAGCUUGUCGCGAAGCAUACUAAAGUUCCGUUUUUUCGCUGCAUCGACUGGUCGCCAUGCGAUGAAGACGUAAUAGCCGUCGGUCAGCCUAGUGGCGAGGCCAUCCUCCUCCGAAUAUCUGAUAACACCUCGAUCCCACUAGCUGCCAAACACCAGCGCCCCUGCAACGGGGUUUCCUUCAAUUGCACCGGCCAGUUCCUCGCAACAGGCCUCGAUAAGGUUCGGAACGACUUCUGCCUAAACAUCUGGGAUGUGAACCAGCGACUCGGCGAACGAGUCGGGCCGAACAGCGACACCGGAAAGCCUCUCCGACAACUAGCCACUAGCGAGACAAUUAGCAGCGUUUGUUUCGUACGAGAUGAUGCGAAUGUGCUUCUCACCGGGAUUAACUACAGGGCAAUAAGGACCUGGGACCUGAGGGAGUCGCCGAACAAUCAGUUAAUGGGUAUCUGCACUUCGCGCUGCGCAAUUGGGAUAACAUUAGACCUCGAUCCGAACUACUUUGCUUCUUAUUCAGAGGAUAGUGCCGUUGCGGUGUGGGAUCGGAGGUUCAUUCGCUAUGCCGGCUCUGGGGAACCGGCCCUGAAUUUUGUUCGCCCAACAGAUGAAUAUGGGAGGUCUGGUACGCAGAUAGCAUCUCUGCGAUAUUCGUGUACUAAGCAGGGGACAUUUGGGACUCUUAAUUCUGGGGGGAGACUGAGGGCAUAUGAUACUGCCAAGAUUUCUGACCAGGAUCCACAUACAGUAUCUUCGCUCGGACUCUACGGCGCGCCCGCAACCGUCGCGAGUGCCGCUGCGGAACCAGAUAAGCGCAGUGGGUGGGGCGACUCGGCUGCCAGUUUGCUAGGCGGCGGUAUGAGGAAUGGACCAGUUGCCAGAACGCAGAAUCGGAGAACAGAUGGACAAACAUUGUUUGUUACCAGGAUCAAUGAUUUAGCCACUACACGGGGAUCCAAGAUUGAAAGAAGGAUCGUGAGCUUUGAUUGGAUGUCCGACCCACAGGGCGCCAGCCGGGGGGAAGUGCUCCGGACGUUGUGUCUCAGGAGUGAUGGGUCAGUAGAUGUCAUAGUUUCUUCGGGGGUCGCUACUAGUCUUGCCUGGGGGAGUAGAAAUGGGCUGUCUAUUACCUCUGGGAAGGACUUGAAGAUUCUACCCCCGUCAGAUAGCCUUGGAAUAGACACUGUCAAGCCCGACGGCGAGGGACGAAGCGUGGCGCACAAAGAGGAGGCGAGCUCUAUCGUCGGAAGUCCCGGUUUUGGACUAGGCAUGCAUGAGAAACACCCGGCCGAAAGAAGUGAUAACGUUGUGCGACGGGAAGAUUUCCUUCUCGACCCAGCCGAGGUGCUGCGUGACGACAUAUGUGUUGUCAUGAGGAGAAGAGUGGAACAAGGAUACGAGAUGGAUUGUGCAAAAAACGCAGGUUUGACGGAGGAUGUUUACUUGAAGAACAUGUGGAUGUGGUUGCGGGGCGCUUGCGAGUCCGCGAUGGAUAAUGGCAUGGUUAGUGGGCUGUUGGAUCUUAGUUAUAUGGGCGUGUUUGGGAUAUGGCAGGGAGGGAUAGGCAAGACGCAAGAAUCGAGACUGACGACUGCGAAGAGGCCGUCAGCGAGUGAUUGGGCGGAUACAGUAACAGAAAUUAACAAGAGGUGCAAAAGGGAGAAGUUUAAGGGCGAGAGCCAGUAUCCGGAGCAGAGAAUUCUGGCAUUGGCGAUAUGUGGGUGGGACUUUUCGGCCAAUGAGCUUGAUCAGGAAAUACGAAGACUUGAGGAAGAAGGCCGGUAUUCCAAAGCUGCUGGCUGGGCCUUUUUCCAUGGUGACAUUGAGCGCUCGAUCAAAUCUUUAUCCCAAGGUGGACAGCAAAUGAAAUUAAUGUCAACCGCUGUCGCCGGCUAUCACGCACAUGCUCAAUCUACCCUCUCAAGCGCCACCGUAGACAACUCAGAUAAUACAAACGGCAACAUCUGGAAAGACCUCUGCCAUGACAUGUCCGUCGAGCUCGACGAUCCCUACCUCCGCUCCAUCUUCGCCUACGUCUCAAACGGCGACUGGAAGGAUGUCCUCGAUGACCUCGGGCUCCCGAUCCGCGAGCGUCUAGGCAUAGCCCUGCGUUGGCUCAAAGACUCCGAAUUGACAAAAUACCUCACAGAUCUAACUCUGAAACUAGUAGCAAAUGGGGAUCUAGAUGGAAUAGUUGUAACCGGUGUAACCGAGCAAGCCAUAAACCUUUUACAGGUGUACAUCAACCGCACGGGCGACGUGCAAACCGCAGCUCUGAUAUCAGCGUUCGCGGUGCCAAGGUACUUCUCCGAUGACAGGGUUAGCAAUUGGCACGAUAGCUACAGACAUCUCCUCAAUUCCUUCCGGCUCUUCCACUCACGCGCAAAAUUCGACUGCAGCGGCAAGUAUAUGUACGUUGCGCAAACUGCGACAGGAGCCACCUCCGGCGGCGGCGGCGGAAACAUACCGCACACCGCCCCCGGCACAUCCGCUACGAAAGCCACCGUGUGCCCGCAUUGCAAAAAGUCACUGCCCAGGUGCGCGGUUUGUCUGCUAAACCUAGGCACGGUUGCAUACAAGAAGGUCGCUGUCGGGUUGGGCACUUCCGUCGGAGGAGGAGGAGGGGUUGAGAGAGAUACUGAUAGAGAAAGCGAUUACGAUCGCUGGUUUAAUUUUUGCUUAGCGUGCGGGCAUGGGAUGCAUGCCGGUCAUGCUAAGGAGUGGUUUGGGCUAAGGAAGGUGUGUCCAGUGCCCGGGUGUAGGUGUCAGUGUAAGAUGUGAUGUGUCUCUUUUAUCUCUUGUAUUCGGGUGAUGGCUUUAUUAUUGGAGAGAACGGAUGGGAUAAUGUAGUUUAGGUACUUCUUCCCCUCGAUGUUUUUCAGCGUGGGGGCUAUCCUCUUUUUCCCUUUUUCUAGCUUGACUAGGUGUGUUGGCUAGGUUGUAUACUAGUAGUAUGCAUCGUAUCGUUCCGUACCGGAAUCCGC